AAUUGCUUUCCAAUACAAUCUACUGUUGACAUUCUUAUGCAGCGCAACAUAAAUAUUUGGCAGAACAUCCCCUACACACCUUCGCGUCUGGCACUCAUGUCAUUGUCAGAGCUCUGCCUACGCCGGUGCAUACGCAGUUUCAGUGCGCUUUUGCUGCUGCCGGCGGUGAUACCUGUGCUUGUCUCCUUGUGCGUGUAAACGGAGAGAUAAAAGCUAGUGCCGUGAUUCAACAGCAUAACGAAUCAGUGCCGCCAAGAUGUCGGGCACAAUAUUAGAGAAUCUAAGCGGCAAAAAGUUAAGCAUUUUAGUGGCAUCCCUUCUCUUUCUGCAAUUCCUCUGUUUCCUGCUGGGUGGUCUCAUUGCACCGGUUCCGGCAAGUGUGCAGACCAUACUUGCCACUAUUUGUAAAGAUAUUCCCGGUUCGCACAACGAUACCUCAGUAUGGUUGUACUCGCGGGGGGAAGAUCGUUGCCAAAGCUUGGACCAUUUCGAUAUCGAAAGUGACGACAUGAAGAUGGCCAAUCAGAUAGUGUUCGUCUUCCAAAUGCCUCUGCCCCGCGAAGGCCGCCAGCUAGACUAUUCCCGAUGGCAGCAAAAUUUGAUAGGCGUGCUGCAGACGGACAUAGCGUACGAUGCGAACGUGCUGCACAAACCGCACACCAAGAUCACUGUCGAUGCACGGCUGGCAUACCGGAACAAAGGUGAUGCUGAUCAGGACUGGAAGUACCUGGCAUCGUCGCUGGAGGAGCGAGAUCUGGACUGUACGGCGAACAAUGUGACCGAUGACUAUCUGUACAACUGCGACACGAUUCCACUUUUCGAGCUAGGUUCGCUGCAUCACGAUUUUUACCUGCUAAACGUACGCCUGCCGGUCGAUAGCGAGCGUCGCAUGAAUUUGGACAUUGGACAUAUUAAAGAUUUGCACCUGUCCGUGAUCUACCAGAACGGCGGGUUUACGAAGGUUUGGGUAUCGCUAAAGACGGUGUUCCUUCCCUUCAUCGUUCUCAUCAUGGCAUGGUUCUGGCAGCGUGUCCAUCUACUGCACCGAAAACCUGCCCUGCUAGAAGAGAUGCUUCUGGCGCUGGGAUGUGCACUUACAUUUUUGAACAUGCCGUUCGAAUAUUUCACACUUUUCUUCGAUAUGCCGUUUAUGCUGCUUCUAAGCGACAUACGCCAAGGAGUGUUUUACGCUACGCUGCUAUCGUUCUGGCUUGUAUUUGCCGGCGAACACAUGCUGAUUCAAGAGACGGGCGAGAAAUCGGGUCUUAAGACGUACUGGAAGCAUCUAAGCGCAGUAGCUGUUGGAUGUGUGUCCCUAUUUUUGUUCGACAUGUGCGAGCGAGGCGUACAACUGCGGAAUCCAUUUUACUCGAUUUGGGUAUCUAAGAUUGGUGCGAACGUUGCUCUUGGGUUCAUCAUUUUGGCAGGCAUCUCAGCAGGACUGUACUUCUUCUUUCUCUGCUACAUGAUCUGGAAAGUGUUUUGCAACAUCAACAUCAAGCGCACAUCGCUCCCGUCAAUGUCAUCCGCCCGCCGUCUACACUAUGAGGGCAUCAUCUAUCGCUUCCAGUUCCUGAUGCUGGCGACCUUACUGUGCGCUGCUAUGACCGUUAUCGGUUUUAUCAUUGGGCAGGUUUCCGAGGGACGCUGGAAAUGGGAUGAAAAUAUCGAUCUGGAAUUUACGUCCGCUUUCUUUACCGGCGUGUACGGCAUGUGGAACAUUUACAUCUUUGCCUUGAUUGUGCUGUACGCUCCCAGCCACAAAAAGUGGCCCACCAACGAAACUACCGAAAACAUUAUGAGCGAAGAGAUAGAAUUCAGCAAUCUGCCAUCCGAUUCGAAUCCAAGCGAAAUUUCUUCUCUCACGCAAUUUGCUCGAAAGGCAGCUCAGGACUAAACAGGAGACAUGCCAAACGAGAAUAUUCACCGCCUACUAACCUGGCUUGUGGAACACUGUUUCAAAGCUGCUGGAUCGCUUGGUUAGAUUGAGUCGCCCCAUCCCAGUACAAUUCAAGGGGAUUGCAUUUAUUCUACCAGCAUUUUUGAAAGUACGAUUUUAACGGAUUUUUACACAACGAUUCGAAAACUCCAUGGCAACACGCAGCAAAAUGUAUCUGUAGUAGGUGUUUGUCUCAACGUCAACAGUAUUAGCAUCACAGUAUCAGAAUGUUUACCGGUGUACGAGUAAGGUAAAGGAAACAUAAACACCUGCUCUUACCACCGCGACAUUUACUAGAUUAUAGUGCGUUUUACAUCUUUUCUCAUAUUUAACGUCUUGAUCUUCCCGGUAGUGAAUAAAAUAUGGACAUUUUUUGUGUAA